GCAGCAACUGUCAUUGUCAUAUACAUCUCUUCUUACUUCCAUUCAGCACUCGCUCUCAAAGCAGCCAUCUAGCCCACCAUGCUCAUCUACCAGGACAUCAUCACCGGAGAUGAGAUGUGCUCCGACUCUUUCGACAUGAAGGAGGUCGACGGUAUCGCUUACGAAUGCGACUGUGCCAUGAUCAUCGUCAAGGAAGGCGAUGUCGACAUUGGUGCGAACCCCUCUGCUGAGGAGGCUGAGGAGGCCCUCGAGAACGGUGCUGAGCAGAAGAACAAUGUCGUUCACUCUUUCCGUCUUCAGGCCACUUCUUUCGACAAGAAGUCCUACCUCACUUACCUUAAAGGCUACAUGAAGAGCGUCAAGGCCAAGCUCCAGGAGACCAACCCCGAGCGUGUAGAGGCUUUCGAGAAGGGUGCCGCUGCCUUCGCAAAGAAGAUUGUCGGCAACUUCAAGGACUUUGAGUUCUACACCGGAGAGAGCAUGAACCCUGAUGGAAUGAUUGCCCUUUUGAACUACCGCGAGGACGGAACCACUCCUUACUUCACUUUCUGGAAGGACGGCUUGAAGGAGUACAAGGUAUAGAUUGCUGGUCUGGGCCCUCAAGUCCCGCUUGCGUGUAUCUAUUCAAUCCUUGGCACCUCCUCGUUACUCUUCCGAACCUUUUCUUCAAAAAUCACACUCAACAUUCGCAGUGACAUUGUCAGUCAUAAUGACGUUGAUCUCUUGUUUGUGACCAUGCCACUAAGGUGGCACCAUGUUCAUAUGCAUGGCUGAGCAGUAUUUGACCG